AAUCAGUUGUUGACUGCUCAGUACUGUGCUUCGACUGUCCUAGCUCACAUCUAAAACAUAGUUGAAGUCUCUUCUGGCCAUGAAGCGAUUGGGUGCCAGCCUCCACCUACUGCCCCUUCUCUUACACCUGAGCACCUCCAGCCCUGCACCUGAAAAGCACCUGGAAGUGCGCCCAGGUGGCUACAGGUUGGACCUCAACCCCUACGCUGGCGAGGCCCUCUUCACAGGCCGCGUCAGGAUAGACAUCGUCCUGUCUGGCUUCUCCGAGGACCAGGGACCUUCUCAGAUCAAGCUCAACGCCGAUCCUGGGUUGAAUGUGAAGGAGCAGGAUGUGAAGAUUACGAGACUUGCAGAUUUGGAUACGUCUAGUGAGGAGGACGAUUCUUCGAAAGAGGAGGCAUCGUUGACAGUGACCGGAAUCAAACGGGAUAAGGAUGAACUGACUGUUCUUCUCUCUCAGAACCUGCAUCGUCAUCACAUGUAUCAGCUGGACUUGUCUUUCGACGGAGAGCUUUCAAACGAUCCUUCAAAAACCUUCUACGAGAACUACUAUCUGGAUGCUACAACCAACGAGAAAAGCUGGUUUGUGGUACUGAACCUGAAACCGGGAAAAGCCAGAACUGUGUUCCCUUGUUUCGAUGACCCAAAAUACAAGACGUGGGUGGAGCUGUCUGUUUCUCACAAGAGGGAACAUCACAUUCUAACAUGUAUGGUCAAAACUGACACAUCCAACGUGACCAGUGACGGCUCAGUAGUCAGGGAUCAGUUUAACAGAACUCCCCUGAUGUCUGUCAACUCAUUGGGUCUCCUUGUCUCAGACUUUGUAGCAGUCCGUUCCAGCUACAUGGAGUCUGGAUUAUCAUCUCAAGGUAUUUUUAACCCCAUAGAUGGAGUCUUUGUUGGAAUUUGGGGGUAGGCAAGACUUCAUGAGAGCGCUGACAAAGGCUAAGCAGUUUCUGCCGUCUGUGAUCGUCUCUCUGGAGAUCUUCCUGUCGAGACCCUAUCCUCUGCCAAUACUCAACAUGGUGGCGCUCCCUAACUACACCUCUGACAACUAUAUCAAUGCUUGGGGACUGCAGAUGUUCAAGGAAAGUGAUCUGAUGAACGGAAACAGCUACUGGCUGUCUCAUAGGCUGGCCAAGGCAGCCGCCACCCAGUGGCUGUUACACUUGGCUACUCCACAGAACUCCACAGCCGUGCCCAUGUCUGUGGCAAGCUUUCUGGCUUCCAUUGUCGCUAAACAGAACGGCGUACCCCUUGGACUAGACCAGGUGGACCCCGAGGGAGUAUCGGUCUACGACUGGCAUGUCACCAAAUACCACAGUCUCUUCCUUGAGUUAUCCAAGCCUCAUUCCUACACCAAGGAGCUCAUCAAGAGCCAGAUGGCCGUUCUCAAAGGUCAACUAUUCCUGCAUAUGCUUGAGUACACACUUACAAUGCCAACUCUGAAGCUUGGAAUUCAGAACUUCUUGGCGAAUAGAGAGUUCAAAACCUACACAGACGACGAUUUCUGGUCAGCCAUUACUGAACAGGCUCACAUUGACAACACCCUGCCCAAGGAGUAUGCAAUCAGCAGCAUUGCCGAGUCGUGGCUCAAGCAAGAGAGAAUCCCAUUGGUCACCGUGACCCGCAAUUACAAGGAUGAUACUAUCUCUUUCACUCAGGAACCCUUCGUAAACAGCCUGGAAACCCGUCUAGGCAUGUCAAAGGUGGUCAAAAAGCAGUCAGCUCCUGAUGAGUUCUGGUGGAUCCCGAUUGUGAUGGUCAUCCAGCCGAAUGAUUUCUAUUUCAAUUGGACGACUGUGAUGCCAUCUCUGUGGCUGAAACCGAACCACAAUUCCACCUCACAUCAACUCGACAAGAAGCAGGACGUCAAGGAGAAGUACAUUGUUGUCAACCCGGCAAAUGUUGGUCUGUUCCUAGUGAACUACGAUCUGGACAACUGGAAAAUGCUGACAGCGCGCAUCGACGAGAUGCCGGAGACAGUGCGAGCUCAGCUGUUGCACGACGCGAUCAGCCUCGCUUUGGCCGGCAAGCUGGACAUGAUCACCAUGCUGAAUGUGACCACUUUCCUCAAGCGGGAGCAGGCACCUCUGGUCUGGAAGACAUUCUUCCCUCUGGGUGAUAGGCUCAGGAAGAUGCUCGUCGGCACUAGUGCACAGAAGAUGUUCGAGAGAUACCUGCAGGCGAUAAUCGUGCCGCCCCUGGACGCAGUCGGCGAGGAAGCCGAUCAGCAGUCGCCCUGGAAGUCUGACUUCCGCGUCAAGGUGCGCCAUCUCCUCUGCACCACCCACUUCCCCAUGUGCAUCGAAGUUGCGCGCCAUUACUACCAGACCUGGAUGAACCUCACCAACCCCGAUGACGGCAUGCCGAUAGCCAGCAUCCACCUCUGUCCAGUAUUCAGUUUCGGAUCGGAUGAAGAAUGGGAUUUUGGAGUUCAGAGGCUGAUCAAUUUCUCGCCCAACAGAACCAUUUCAGAGAGAUCUUUCCUGCUCAAAACGUUGGGAGGAUGUUCGAAAGAUACCACCAGAUAUAUCAAGAUUUUGAACCUGAUGUUUUUGGAUGAAGCAGCCAAUGAGACUUUCUCGGACGCGGACAGAUAUGCUAUGUUGGCAGCUAUGUCCAGUGAGCCAACAGGUCAUCAAGCCAUGUACGAGUAUCUAAAUAACAAUUUCGAUGCUCUCAAACUGGGACUUCAAACAAACCUGUGGGAAUUCUUCAUUCAGAUGGCAAUGGGACAAUUCAAGUGUCAGGACGGACUAGAGAAGGUAACCGAAUUGUACGAAAGCAAGAAAGGUCAGUUCGGCGAAGGAGCAGAGAAGAAAGCCGAGGAGGCCGUGGAAAGCGUGAAAAUGCGAGUGAAAUGGGCGGAGGAAACUAUUCCAGCAAUCGAAAAGUGGCUGGAAAACCAGGCGGCCAACCCCUGGAGAACGGAGCGUUACUGGUUCAAGGACUUUGUACCAACUACAAGGACCAGGAAAUCUGGAUAAACUGCAAAAAUUAAUUUUAAAUCGAUCUAUUCCUCUUAGAAAUAUCACAAGUACGCCUACAGCAAAUAGAAAUAGCAACAUGAUUUGAAUUUUGAUCUGUUUGGAUGUAACCUUUUUUUUGAAAACUUGAUAGGAAAAAAUUGGUAGGCUACAGAGCAGAUAGAAUACAACAGGGUAAAAAAUAGUACUCAGAUUUAUAUUUUAAUUUACAUUCAAAAGUAGCCCUAAGGAAAGAAGACAGAUUACAACGUCAGCCAUCUUCAAUCUAUUCCUCUUGAAUAUCACAAAUAGGAGAAAUACGAUUAUCAUUAACACUCUGUAUAAUGUUUAAUAUGAUAUACGUUUGAAGAAUAACUCUUUUCAGCUGGUUAACACUGCGAAUACACCAUGGUGUAUGUUGUUAUUUAAAAAAAAAAAUCACUUAUUUGCUGCUAUUUUCCAGUCAGAACUUCUUAGCCCGCUUAACGACUCCGGCAAGAUAGUGGAUUGAGUCCAUAUUGAAGAACGAUAUUUUUAUAUAGUUUUCAUAUUUUUGCUGACCUACAGCAAAACAUAUAAACAGAAUUAAAAUUGAGCUUGAAUUUAUAUACCGGUAGUUAUAGCAAUUGACAAGUCAUCUAUGAAAACAGUGUGUAACUCUGAAUAAUUAUGAUGUAACUUAUUGUGACAAUGAAUGAAUAAAUAAAUAAAUAAAUUUAACAAACCGACCUGUUUUUGGUGUGAAGUAGUAAAUUAAAAUGUAAUAAUAUUACUUUUAGUGUAAUUGAGAAGUUGAUAUUGUGUUAAUUAUUUCAUAUUGAAUGAAAAAGACUAAGAAGUUGUCAAAAACCACAGAUUUAUUGAUACUUAGAAAGAACGGUUUCGGUUAUUACACCAUUUGUCAAUCUCUGAUAAACAGAUAUAGUUUUUUGUAGUUUGAAAUCUGUGGUUUUUGACAAUUUCUAAGUCUUUCUCAUUCAAUAGUGAUAAUAUUAUAUAAAUAACUAGCUGGCCCGGCGAGCUUCGUACCGCCAAAUAGUUAAUGCGCAUCUCAUGACAAUCUUUAGCUGGAUGCACACUUCAGGAGGUGCGAUGCGGCAUUUUGCAUCCAGGUUCUUCUUGCUUAUUGGUUUGAAUGAGUCAUUGUCAAUGGUGAAGAUCCGUUCCAUAAUGGAAUAAAAACACACAUAUGUUGUCAAAUUCUACACUGUUUUAUUUGGCACAGGACCAUGGUUUCAUGACCACACAGGUCAUAUUUUGAAGCUGAAGUUAUAAUUAUUAUUUACUGCAUUUGAUUUGGAUUUUUGUUCAAUAAUCAAUAUUAAUUCAUUAGCAUUUGAAUAAAUGCAAUAUCUCAGUUGUUAUUUCCAUCUGUAAAAAUGUAAUAGAUUUGGUAUCUACAACAAGUAUAUUUAAUAAAGGAAUGCAUGAAAAAGACUAAGAAGUUGUCAAAUAUCACAGAUUUUUUUUACAAUUUCUUAGUCUUUUUCAUUUAUUAUAAAUAAUUACCACAAUAUCAACUUCUCAACUACAAAAAAAUAAUAAAGGAAUUGUAAUGUCAAGUUAAUGCAUGGAAUAGUUUAAGAAAAAAUAAUAUUGAGGGAAAUUUGCUAUGUAAUAAAUAAUUAUCAGUGGAUCUAUCAAGAGAACUCUAUGUUCAAUAAAGAGGAAUGGUAAUAUCAAGUAAAUAGAACAAUAUUAAAGAACGAAUAAGUUGGGUAUUGAAAAUAUUAAUAUGCAUUAAAAACUUUGUAAUUGAUUUAUAAAUACAACCACUAGAAAAGAAUGUGUACCUUCAUCAGAUAUACCUAAACGAAAUCAUGAUCAGUUUUGAUUUGUAAAUUAUAGAAACAUUAUAAAAUAUAUUGAUUACGGUAAUUAAUUAUUUGCAUUCAUUACAAACAGUAAAAAUACAACAGAUAAACUUAUAAUUACAGUAAAAGCUUCAUGUUUAUACAGUCAUAAUAUAAUGAUAAAUCGUGCAAAUCGUGAUAAUUAAAGUGGUUAAGUGGUAGAGUGGACAUUAUUGUCCAAACUUCGCCACGUCAACAAAAAUUAACGAGUCAUUCUAUUCCAUUCUAUAGAUGGACGAAUUUAGUUAUCCUAUCAUAUCACUAUCAACAAAAAUAAUAAUUCUCUAUCACAUAAUAGGCUUAUAGACUAUCAUAGCAUAUUCACAGCAUGCAGAGAAUAGCAGGAGUUCAUUUUUAAUAUGAUUUAUAUCAGAUUGAAUAUAUUAGAUAUAUGAUUGUGAUCCCCUGUUAUAUGAAUUAAUAUAUAUUACUCAUGUAUUGUAAAUAUAGUUAGAUGUUUGAUAAAAAAUAAAUGGUUGAGUUAUA